AUGGAAUAUGAUGCCAUCUUGGAACUGUUAAUGGAUGCAAAAUCUAAGUAUUUAAAGCAUUACAACAGUAUCAAGAUGAAGGAACUGAUGGAUGGGGCAAAGUACGCCAAGAAAGAAAUGGAGGCUAUACAAGCUAUGGCAGACACUACGGAAAUCACCGAAGAAAUGUCGAAAAAGUAUAUUUUUUUGAAGAGUACGUAUGACUUUUAUAUGAGAGUGAAAAGGAACUACGAGUUUAGUAGGUUUUUGAAAAUACAACAACGCUUUUUUGGCAAGCAUUCGGGUAUGAGUGUGCCAAAUAAAAAAGAGAGUGAACAUUUCGUAUUUUUCAAUGCCAUUCUUGAAGAAUAUACGAGUAAUUUUCCCGAAUUAGAUUUUAAUGUACGAUAUAUCCCAUUAGAUCAUUUUGUUCACUUCAUUACACUUGCAGACUGUGGAAUAGUUAUGGAUGGCGACGAGAUUCAUGAGCUAAAAGCAAACAGGUACUAUUUCAUGAAGAAAAACGUUGUUAAACAUUUGCUGAAUAGUAAUUUUAUCAGAAUACUUUAAAUAAAAACUAAAAAUUGU